AAUUGUGUUCUGCAGUAUUUGUACGAUGGUAGCUGCCCAAUCUGCUCCUCUAUGAAGGAGCUGCUGGAGCGUCAGGAUAAGGGUGCGGGUCGCAUCAUUUUCGUGGACGUUUCCUCUUCGAAGUACCGUCCCUCAAAGAACAUGGGUAUCAGCCAGGACGAGGCAAUGACCACCAUCCAUGCUAUCCGGCCGGAUGGCUCUGUACUCAUGGGUACUGAUGCCAUUCGUUCGAUGUACACGGUGGUGGGUUUGGGCUGGCUGGCCUUCCUGAUGGAGCUGCCGCUGUUCACUAAUGCCGUGGACCUGCUCUAUGAGUUCAUCUCCCGCAACCGCAUCUCGCUGGGCGGCGCUAUGGACACUCUUCUUGCCGGCAAGAAGUUGCAGAUGAGCAAGGCGGGCAUCACGACGUGCUCGGAUGUGGACGAGGAGUGCAGCGUUGACUGGUAGAUGUGUAAAGGCAAGAGAUGUGAGGUCGUAGCUGUGACGGUUGCAUUUUUGAUGUUAUCAUUAUCUUCGCCAUCCUGUUCGCCUGCAGAAGUCCUUGCUAGCGAACUGCAAGCUAGCCAGUUGCAUUCAUGCCGGAAGAGGGGAGGUUAGAUUCCAGUCGUUGCAGGUGAGGGAUUCUUUCAGGGCCUUUUUCUAGGGGACUUUAGGAAGUGGGAAGUUGGGUGCUGUGUGGUGGUAGAAGCCAAGCUGGAAGGUAGCAUGCUGAAGUAAAGCCAGGCGUCGGGUCCUUGCGGCUCCCUGGCACGAUGGUUCAGCAGGACCCCCGCAGCCGUGUUUAACGCAUUAACACAUUAUUGAUCUUAGAGCUGCAACUUCCACCAUUGUCUUACCUUUGCGGCUGGCGCCUGCUGCAUUGGCGGCGCUUGCGGGUCGUGCAAUUAGAAGAGCACGGGUGCUGUCAAGGUGCAUCUGAUUUCGCUGUGCCGCUUUGUGUGUUGCCCCGCCUCGGUUGCCUAUCCGCGUUCAAGUCCGAUCGGACAGUGUCUCCACAUACGAGUGGGCCUCAUUGUCUGACCGGUCAUCCGGGCUCGGGAAUGUCCGACAAGGGUCUAGACGAUGCUGACGUGGCAACUGUAGUGAUGUUCAACGCACCGUGUGAACGGGGCCUCGGAGGUGCAUAUCUUUUUUUAUUGGUGUAGGCCUACCUGGCCACAAAUUUGCGAACAUUUGGCUCAGUGCUGGUCUGCAACUGGACUCGUCUUCGUGAUGCAGGCAAGGAGUUUGUUGCGAUGAGCGGCGGGUUAGCGGAGGAGAGGCGGAUCAGUGACGGGGCCCCCACGGUUGGUUCGUCUGUGACGUGCAUUUGACUCCCCAUUGACAAGACGCGGGACGGAAAGUACGGCCGUUCGAAUUUUUGAGCUGUCGAUCAACGCAGGGUCAAUCAGGGUGAUGACCCUUCCCUUCAGAUAAAGCCGUAGUAAGGUGGGCCGGUGAUGCGCUGACCUGCAUUUUCAGGCGUUGUGUUGUCUAUUCAAUUCACCUCACAAUAAGAGUGCACGAGCUCUGACCGCUGUUAAUCUUUUGGCGGGUUCUUACAUGUCUUGAUUUGAAGUAUUAUGUGAUGCCAUGUUUGAAGCAUGGUCAUAGGCUGGUACGGGUGCUCGGUAGUGCACCACCCGGGCAUGUGUCAAUGGAUGUGGAUCGGUCGUGUUUCGAAACUGGGAUAUGGGUUCAGAAUUUCUCAAGGUGUUGUCGGCGCCUGACGCAACGCACACGCAUCCGCCUGAGGACUAACUGUGCUGCGCUGCUUCCUACAGUGAUGUGUGUAGUGUGGAUUAAAAGGCGCCUUACCGUGCCCAACCCGCGAAUGGGCAAGGUGAUGUUGACGAAUGCAGACAGUUUCGGCGGUGAAUCAGUACCUGAAAGAAAUGACAUACCUUGCGUGGACAC